AUGCCCAAUUUAUAUCAUGUAUUAACUGGCGUCUCGAGAACAGCAGAAAUUCCAACCAUUUCCACUCAUCACAGAAAGCAACUCCGAGCAAAAUCAUCCAUACUUUCUGGAAAGAAUACUGUUUUCACAAAGAGUAAUUCGUUCAUGUUUUUGGAGCGGCCACAGAAUAAUCAAGAUGAUAGUGAUGAAUAUGAUUCCGAUAACGAAAUUAUCUUGGUACAUAGCCCCAAUACAUUGACCACAAAUAUUGAAAGAGUUGCAGCUGAAGAAAAUACACGGAAAAAACAAGUCAUGUUUGAUCCUGUAACUUCAUCGGGUGGAAUGGGAGGCUCGCAACCAUCAUCAUCUACGGAGGGAAUGGGUACAACAAUGGUGAAGAAAGACAGACCACUCCAACGAAAACCCAUUCAAGAUGUUUCUCCGCAACUGUUACGAGCAAUGAAUUCAAAAGAAGUACCUUCCAAUUGUGUACUACCAAUAAUUACUGAGCCCAAGACGAAACGAAAAUAUGAAAUGAUUAACACCAAAUGGCCGGAUACGGGUAUACCAAUGGUGUCUGUAUCGCCUUCAGUGACUACCAUGUUUUCCGACUCUCGCAAUCAACAAUACACUGCCGAAAGUAAGAGAAAGAAAAAGAAAGAAACGCCACCAGAUAUUUAUCAACCUCAAAAGAAGAGUUUUUGGCAAUCAUUAUUUUCUCUAUAA